AUGCCUCCAAAUGCGGAGGCAUCGCUUCGAUUUAACCGUCCAAAUGUGCGCCAAUUCAACAAAGCAGCAGCUAAAGCUGCAGUGCAGAAGUAUCAGGAUAAGCCGCUCAGUGAGAGUUGCCGCCUAGAUCCAAAAACGAGGCAACGUCGUGAGAGGAUAUGGAAGAACUGGGAAGAUCUUAAAGAUUUGCGGCCUGCGCUGACGUUAACCCAGAGGCCAUCUGGAUUGACCUCUGCUUGGGCGAACCAGACAGCUAUUUUCCAAGCCUUCCUGCGACAGUAUUGGGAGGAAUCCGUCACCUUGCGACCGUGCCUUGGUCCUGAGGAAUAUGAGAAGGUCCACACGAUCGAUUGUGCGUCAACAAUAGAAGAUGUGUGGUGUAUGCUGGUCAAUCACGCAGAUGACCGGAUCAUGAAGCCGAAAAGGCUCCAGGAUCGCAAGAACGCUGGAGUCUGGUCGUUAAAGAGUGCGCAGUGGAUUCCCGAGUUUGGAGCAGAAAUGGGGUUGAACUUGGGGCAGACUUUUCAGAAAGAUGCUGCUACUAAAGACGACAUUUUGACAAUUCUUUCCACUAUAUGGGAGGAAGCUGAUGACCUUAGGUGCUCGCCGGAUGAUAGACUCCCUUUCGGCAUGUAUGUCGUCGAGAUGGGCCUCGGUGGUUGGCGACCAGGCGCGCUAGAACUGAAAAAAUACAACCAUGUCAAGCUCGCGUGGGUUAGAGACCCGGUUGACCCAUCUGUUACGCGAACUAUUUGCUGGUCUACAAUUGACCAUAACAAGCUACAAAAGAUUAGGAUCGAGCGAGAACAGCGUUCUAGGCACUCCCGCAUACGAUCUAACCUCCCAUUUCCACAAAACGGACAAAACCUAACUGAUAUGCAAUACAGCUUAUGCUAUGAGGUUACUGUGAUCCCAAGUCUGAUCCUAUGCUUGACCACGAUGUUCACGAUCCGAGCAAUAAAGGACGAUGCCUUUAAAGCUGGGUUUACGUCAUGCGACGAGGUCCUCAACCCGACAACACUUGAGGAAGGCGUUAAUUUUGUCGAACUACGUUGGAAAGAAGAGUUCAUGGCUGAUGACAAGCAUAUUAUGCCUAUGAAUUACCGUAGGUUUCUUGACCUUUGGAACGAAGUGCGCGAGGUGGCGGGAUGCCGUUCUGGCCUUCGUCCCUACUCUAUCCGUGUUGGGGAUGUGGGGAGAUUGGAUGGAUGUCUUCAACCGGCACUUCGUAACUUCAUAGUAUCACACUCUACGAGGUUUAUGAACGGAGUUAUCAGCCGGUAA